ACAAGGAAGCUAAACAUGGCGUCCGGACAGCAAUGGGUGUUGGUGGAAAUGGUGCAAGCAUUUUAUGAGGCUCCUGCUUAUCACCUGAUUCUGGAGGGAAUCCUCAUACUGUGGAUCAUCAGACUUCUCUUCUCUAAGACCUACAAACUUCAUGAGACCUAUAAACUGACGGAGAAGGAAAAGGAGGACCUGAUUGAGGAAUGGCAGCCAGAGCCUCUUGUUCCUCCUGUAUCCAAAGACCAUCCCUCCCUCAACUAUAAUGUUGUCACCGGACCUCCAAGCCACAAAAUCAUAAUCAAUGGCAAAGAGUGCAUUAACUUUGCAUCAUUUAACUUCCUGGGUCUCCUCGACAAUGAGCGUGUGAAGCAAAAGGCAUUGGCAUCCCUCAAGAAAUAUGGUGUGGGCACAUGUGGUCCAAGAGGCUUCUAUGGAACAUUUGAUGUUCACCUGGAGCUGGAGAGUCGUCUGGCCAGAUUCAUGAAAACAGAAGAGGCUAUCAUCUAUUCCUAUGGCUUCGCCACCAUUGCCAGUGCGAUCCCGGCCUACUCCAAGAGGGGGGACAUCAUCUUUGUGGAUGAAGCCGCCUGCUUCUCGAUCCAGAAAGGUCUUCAGGCGUCCCGCAGCUUUAUCAAAUACUUCAAACACAAUGACAUGGAGGAUCUGGAGAGGCUGCUGAAGGAGCAGGAGCUGGAGGACCAGAAGAAUCCUCGUAAAGCUCGAGUAACCCGGAAGUUCAUCGUAGUGGAGGGACUGUACAUCAACACUGCAGACACCUGUCCUCUCCCUGAACUGGUGGGGCUCAAGUACAAGUACAAGGUGCGGCUCUUCCUGGAGGAGAGCCUGUCUUUUGGUGUGUUGGGAGAACACGGCAGAGGAGUCACGGAACACUUUGGGGUGAAUAUAGAUGACAUUGACCUGAUCAGCGCUAACAUGGAGAACGCUGUGGCCUCCAUCGGCGGCUUCUGCUGCGGACGCUCCUUUGUCAUCGACCACCAGCGUCUGUCAGGUCAGGGCUACUGUUUCUCUGCGUCCCUGCCUCCCAUGUUGGCUGCCGCUGCCAUCGAGGCCCUCAACAUCAUGGAGGAGGAUCCAGAUAUUUUUGCUGUCCUGAAGAAAAAGUGCAAACAUGUUUACAAGGCUUUACAGGGAACUCCAGGGCUGAAGUUAGUGGGAGUACCGUUUGCCCCGGCUCUUCACUUACAACUGGAGAGAAGUUCAGGCUCCAGAGACUCUGACAUGCAGCUGCUCCACGCCAUUGUAGAUCACUGUUUGGAAGGAGGUGUGGCUCUCACCCUCGCUCGCUACCUGGAAAAAGAGGAGCGCUUCCUCCCCCCGCCUAGUGUCAGAGUGGUGGUCACCAUCGAACAGACAGAGGAGGACAUCGAGAAGGCCGUGUCCCGUAUCAAAGAGGCAGCUUUAGCCGUCCUCAAAUGACAAUGUAGGCACUGCUGAAAGUUAGCAGACAUCGCUGGAGCUUUACCAAGAGUCCACUCGAUGGACCGGGGAAGACGUCACUGAGAGGGGACACUCCUGACCUGAUGUUCUCGUCCAAUGUUUUUACUGGAGACUUUGUUUGUCUCUUAACACUUCCUUCUUUUGCCUUUGUUCUCAUUUCAACUCCGUGUACCACAUGUUGCGUAUUCUUGUGAAUGUGAAGUGUGGGUCUUCAGCAGGACUGUCAGCAGACGCCUUUUUUCUGCGGUGAAUAAAAAUGGCCGCCAGUCACUUAGAAAGAAAAACCGUUGCUGCGAGGACCCGACCUGAUGUUCACAGACCAAAUGAUCUGUUAUUUUUUUUUAUACACUGACCAAAGAGGAGACAUUUCACUCAAUGUUAUGAUGGAAUAUUCUGCUGUCUGUUAGUACAUGACCUCUACAUGAUGGUUUUUAUCUUAACAUGCCACUGGCGUUAAAGAGAUUAAAGAGACACUGAUAUUUA